GUGGGCAGACGCCGCGUCACACUCUCCGAGACCCUGCCCUGCUCGGCGGCGGGGCGGCCAGGGUAGUCCUUCCCACUAGCCGCGCUUUUGCUCAGACAGCCGACCGCCGUGCCUUUAGCCGCCUGUCCAGUGCCACGGGGAACUCACAUCGGGGAAACUGAGUCACACAGCGCCAGCGGCGCAGAUCGCUGCGACUUUGUUCUUCCAGGGACCGCGAAACAGGAGCAGCUGGCGGGGGCUCCGGGCCCCGCCCUCCUCGCGCCGCUCAACCACGUGCAGGGGGCGGGACGGGCCCCGCCGGAGCUCCGCCCCCGCCCCGCGCUGGCGGGCGGAAGUGACGUCAGCGAGGAGCCAUUUCCGGCAGGCCGAAACUAGGAAGAAACUUGGGGCUGCAGGAGGGAGGGGACGGGCCGUAGUCGCUGCCACCUUGCCCCGUGGCCGGCGCCGGGCGGAGCUGUGGAGGCCUGGCUAUGGGGCGGCGCCGGGCUCGCGCGGCCUAGGCGUGCGGCCUCCCGCGGGCUCCGCUGACGGGCCGGGCGCGUGCGGGCGGGAGGCGGCGUGGCAGGAGCCGCGGCCACGGCUGGCCUGGGCUCCGGCAUCAUGAACAUCGACGUGGAGUUCCACAUCCGACACAACUACCCCUGGAGCAAGUUGCCUGCUAACGUGAGACAGAGUCUUGGGAACUCCCAGCGGGAGUAUGAGAAGCAGGUUGUCUUGUACAGUAUCCGCAACCAGUUGCGCUACAGAAAUAACCUCGUUAAACAUGUCAAGAAAGAUGAACGCAAAUACUAUGAGGAGCUGCUGAAAUACAGUCGCGAUCAUCUCAUGCUGUACCCUUACCACUUAUCUGACAUUAUGGUGAAGGGCCUGAGGAUAACACCAUUUUCAUACUAUACGGGGAUCAUGGAGGACAUCAUGAAUAGUGAGAAAAGUUAUGAUUCAUUGCCUAAUUUUACUGCUGCUGACUGUCUGCGGCUUCUUGGCAUAGGAAGAAACCAGUACAUUGACCUGAUGAAUCAGUGUAGAUCUUCAAAGAAAUUCUUCAGAAGGAAAACUGCCCGUGAUCUUCUACCAAUAAAGCCAGUGGAAAUUGCCAUCGAGGCAUGGUGGGUGGUGCAGGCUGGAUACAUCACAGAAGAUGACAUCAAGAUAUGCACUUUUCCUGAGAAAGGCGCUAUUGAUAAGAUCAUCGACUCAGGCCCUCAGCUCGCUGGGUCACUCGAUUACAAUGUAGUACACAGUUUGUAUAACAAAGGCUUUAUUUACCUGGAUGUACCCAUAUCAGAUGACAGUUGUAUAGCUGUUCCUCCUCUGGAAGGUUUUGUAAUGAAUCGGGUACAAGGUGAUUAUUUUGAAACUCUACUCUAUAAGAUAUUUGUCUCAAUAGAUGAGCACACUAAUGUUGCAGAGCUCGCAAAUGUCCUUGAGAUAGACUUAUCACUGGUGAAGAAUGCUGUUUCAAUGUAUUGCCGAUUGGGUUUUGCUCAUAAGAAGGGACAAGUAAUAAAUUUGGAUCAACUUCAUUCAUCAUGGAAGAAUGUUCCAUCUGUGAACAGAUUAAAGAGUACUUUAGACCCACAAAAGAUGCUCUUAUCAUGGGAUGGCGGGGAAAGUAGGAGUCCUGUGCAAGAAGCUUCUUCGGCCACUGACACUGAUACAAAUAGUCAAGAAGACCCAGCCGACACAGCCAGUAUAAGCAGUCUGGGUCUGUCCGCUGGGUAUACCAAGCGCAUCGCCUUCUUGUUUGACUCCACUCUUACUGCAUUUUUAAUGAUGGGAAAUCUCUCACCAAACUUGAAGAGUCACGCAGUCACCAUGUUUGAAGUAGGCAAACUCUCGGAUGAGUCUCUGGACAGCUUCCUUAUAGAACUGGAGAAGGUUCAGAGCACUGGAGAAGGAGAAGCACAGAGAUACUUCGAUCACGCGCUGACUCUGAGGAACACCAUCCUCUUUCUGCGUCACAAUAAAGAUCUGGUUGCUCAGACUUCGCAGUCCGACCAGCCCACCUACGGUUUUCCCCUGGAUCUCUUGCGUUGCGAAAGUCUUCUUGGUUUGGACCCAGCGACCUGCAGCAGAGUUCUAAACAAAAAUUACACACUGCUUGUCUCCAUGGCACCUCUCACCAAUGAAAUCCGGCCAGUCAGCAGCUGUACCCCUCAGCAUAUUGGACCAGCUAUCCCAGAAGUGAGUUCUGUCUGGUUUAAAUUGUAUAUUUACCAUGUCACGGGGCAAGGACCACCAUCUCUAUUGCUGUCCAAAGGUACAAGACUUCGGAAACUGCCGGAUAUAUUCCAGGGUUAUGAUCGGUUACUUAUAACCUCUUGGGGCCAUGAUCCCGGGGUAGUUCCUACGUCAAACGUGCUCACGAUGCUGAAUGAUGCUUUAACACAUUCUGCAGUGCUAAUUCAGGGACAUGGUUUGCAUGGGGUAGGAGAGAUUGUCCAUAUACCGUUCCCAUUUGAUGAAGCAGAGCUGCAAGGAGAGUUUAGCCGUGCCAGCAUGGGUGUCCAUAAAGCACUGCAGAUCUUGAGGAAGAGAGUGGACUUGCAGCAUUUCUGUGGCUAUGUCACCAUGCUGAAUGCUUCUAGCCAGCCUGCAAGUCGGAAGCUCAGUGACGCUUCUGAUGAGAGAGGUGAGGCUGAUUUGGCUUCUGGUUCAGAUGUCAAUGGGAGUACAGAGUCAUUUGAAAUGGUCAUUGAGGAAGCAGCUACAGAUUUGGCAAUAAAACAAAACUCUGGGGCCACAGCAGAAGCAGAUUGGGUUCCUCUUGAGCUGUGUUUUGGAAUUCCUUUGUUCAGUUCUGAAUUAAACCGGAAAGUUUGUCAGAAAAUAGCUACACAUGGCCUUUGCAGAAAAGAGAGCCUUCAAAGCCUCUUACAUUCCAGUAGAAAACUCUCUCUACAAGUCCUUAACUUUGUUCAUUCAUUCCAGGAAGGUGCUUCAACUCUGGAUCUUCACACGGAGCCCAGCUUUCCAAGUGUGCUUUCACAGUCGUCCUGCACCGAUACGGGAGUUCCACUUCCUGCCAAAAACUUAAUGUUUAAAGAUGGCGUCUUGUCAGAGUGGAGUGGACGCUCACCUUCCUCCCUUCUCAUUGCUAACCUCCAUUUGCAAUAAUUUGAUUACACCAUGUAUUGCUCACACGUUCUGCCUUUUUUCUUUCUUAUGUUGGCUUUCCGGUGUCAGCCAUCAAGAGCGUCCUGCUGCUGCUGCGGGGCAGUUCGCGCUUCGCUGGUGGGAAUGCUCGGAACAUGCUCCUGUUUGCUGAAGCCGCCGCGGGGUUGCACAUCCUACUGCAGGGACGUGCUUCCCAGCAGCCAGCACUGGGUUUCUACCUUGAGACAAUCUGCAUUUCUUUUAUAAAACUGAGGGUGUACUUUAUAGGCUUUAGAUGACUGUUAUGUUUAUAAGCAGUCACUAUGAAUAUUGCAGUGGUAGUUUUAUAUGUUAGGUUCUCAGACAUAAACCUGGUUUAAUUUUAUAUUUUGUUACCUACACUACGGGGAUCACAGGAGGAGAUGGAACUCUUUCUUGGGAAGGCUUCUUGGUUCUUGAGGUAGUCACGCUAGAAAGUGGCAAGCAUCCAGCAGAGAGAGGUCUGUACCAGGGCAUUAAGGGUUCCUGUGGCUAUCUAUAAAUUAUGUAUGCCAAGUGAACAUGAUUGAGGGUAUGUCAGUCAGCACAGUUAUGUAAGGUUGUCUUAACUGACUAUUCGUUGACAUCUCAUGAAAAGCUUUGGAAAACAUUCUAUUUUUAAAUGAUGUUUGUAUGUGGACUUCUGUUGUCACUCAACUUGGGCUUUAUAUUUUCAUAGAGUCUUUAUGGAAAAAUAGUUUAUUUUCCACUUGUAGUUGGGUCUGUGGCGUGUCUCAUUUUGUCUGUAGCUUUACCAAUGAACUGUUAGGACAGUUGACUUUGAUUUCAGAGCAAGGAUUGUGAUUGGGAAUUGCACAUCAGGGCUGUCUUUGGACUCGGCUCCAUGGUGAGGCGAUUCUCAUACACAGCACCUGGACCCGAAGCCUAGGCACACAGCUCUGGGGACAGUGGGAAGCACUGACUGGCUUCCCGUGCUUCCUCGGGAGUUAGUUCUUUUAGGAUCUCAGAUGUCAGAAUAUCUGGAGCCACAUGCAGACUUUUCAGGUCACCCUCCGGGGGGAUUGUGCAGUGUUAGUUAAUCUCCCCUUGGAGGGCGAUGGUGGGCUAGUGUGAAACUAACCGAGGGAGCUGGUCCAGCAGCGUGCCUGGCACACUCGAAGCAUCAGACUGCUUGAGAAUGUUUGAGCCUGACAGUUUUGCUGAUGGCCUUUGUUAUUUAUACAACUGAUGUUUGUGUACUUAACAAACUUCUGGAAGCAUAUGCCUUUCUUGAAACCGUUAAAGUGGCCAUGCAUUUAAUACCAUGGCCUAUCGGUAGAAUUGAGUAUUUCGGACCAGGUUCCCUAUAGCACAGUUAGUGCUAUGUUUGGAGUAAAUGCAGUAAUGUUUAGUUUUCUACUUUGUCUUGUAUAAGGUAGAACUCUGUGUAUGUCAAUUUGUCUGUAAAAGGAAAAGUACAUAGUAAUAUUAAAAUGAUUUCUAUGACUGUGAAUCACUCAUUUAUUUUUCCAAUAACUGAUACUGUACAUUCCUAGCUACUAGCUAUAUGUGUAUGUAACUUUUACAGUUUCAAUGGAAAGUUGUGUUUCUUUGAUCAGGGCUCUUUAAUCUCAUUUUAGCUUGCUUUGUUUGAGUUAAUUGUAUUUAUCCUUGUAUUAGCCGUCGAACGCCAACUCUAAUGAUACGUACACUAAUAAAGAAUUGAACAUUGUAGUUUCGACAGUGAGUCCAGUUAUUGCUGAGUUUAUAGCUUAAAAUAUGGGAGGGAUUUGCUGCUACAAUUCGUUUGCAAAACAUUGAAGGAAGAGAUGGAACCUAACCGCUAUCAUGAACUUCAGGAACAAUACUAAAAAGACACAUUUCAUCUCUGGUUUCUUGUUUGAAAUGGGGAGAGUGAAAUCAUCAGAUCCCAGCUGAUGCACCCAGUCUUAUGAGGGACCAUUUGCAUUUUUAGAGGAGUUAAGGUGAUGUUUGUGCUUUGCUUUAUGAAUAUGACCCAUUCCGCUCAUAGCUCAUGCACAGGUGCCUCUUAAGUUGAUUAAAAAAUAAAUAAAUAAAUAAAUACAGAUUUGUUCUUUGCCAAAGAAAACUGAUAGAGGUUGUAUCCAGUUCCUUUGCAAAUGUUUGAUUUCAUUUGGCUUUGUACCACCCUCCUUUCCUUUCCUCACCCUCACUGUAGCUUGACCCAUGGCAAACAAACCUUUAGAAUCCAAGAAAAAAAAGAGCUACUAAUAUAACAAAGGGCAUGCAGUUUAGGAGUGGGCCAGUUUCACCUCACCGGUGUAUCUGAAGAAGUGCAACCUAUGUCAUUUAAGAAGUUAGGGUCAGCUGAUUCUUAGAGCAGUGGUUCUCAACCUGUAUGUAGAUCUUGACCCAUUGGUGGGGUCGGGUCGAACGACCCCUUCACAGAGGUCACAGCCCAGAGAUCCUGCAUAUCAGAUAUUUACAUUACAAUUCAUAACAGUAGCAAAAUUACAGUUCUGAAGUAGCAACGAAAAUAGUUGUAUGGUUGGGGGUCACCACAACCUGAGAAACUGUAUUAAAGGGUCACAGCGUUAGGAAGGCUGAGAAUCACUGCCUUAGAACCUUGUUUAAAAUAUGUAACCAGAUGAUCUUGUAUUUGUUUGAGGGAAGUGAUUUCUCUUAUUGAGUGUUUGGUUUUCUCUGCCAUUCACAUUCAUUUUUUAUGUUCAGUAUUUCAAAUACACUUUGUAUUAAAGGAUUUUAAAGUACCAAAACUGUAACUCAGUACAGUGGAUUGUUUUCUGUUAUGACGUUAAUAUGAUACAAUGAAAUUGUAUAAAGUGUUGUCAAUUUGAUUAUUGACAUGAAUAACAUGUUUACAAAUAAACUGUGGUGUUGAUCAA